CUCAUCAACUCUGUGGAGUUCAACCUUGACUGUGUUCAUGGCACGUAUUAUAUCCAAGGUGGAGUGGUUGGCACUUCAAGGUGGCUGAUACUUGCAUCUGGUUGCGGUGCCUAAAAGGCCAACUCAUGGGUCUGAGCGUGAUGAGAAAUUUCUGAGAAGAUGUACCAGGUGCUGCUGAAGGUGGAUGUGUUGGAGGGCAACCUGCAGUGCCCAGAGUCUGCACAUAUGUUCCCAUCGGCUUGGGAUUCCCCAGCAUGCUGCUGACUGAUGAGGAAAGCGAGACUUAACCAUGCCAGGCAUCAGUUUUCAUUCUGUAACUGUGUCCCCUGUAUAUAUAAAAAAGAAGCUGUUCGUAUAUCUAAUGGAAAUAAAAUAUGGACACUGAAGUUCUCUUACGAUGUUUCAAAUAAGACUCCACUUGUCCUUCUCCAUGGUUUUGGAGGAGGUCUUGGACUCUGGGCACUGAACUAUGAAGAUCUUUGCACCGAUAGACCCGUCUAUGCUUUUGACCUGUUGGGCUUUGGACGAAGUAGUAGACCCAUGUUUGACAAUGAUGCGGAAGAAGUGGAGAAUCAGUUUGUGGAAUCCAUUGAAGAGUGGAGAUGUGCCCUAGGACUGGACAAAAUGAUCUUGCUUGGACACAACCUGGGUGGGUUCCUGGCUGCUGCUUACUCACUGAAGUACCCGAAAAGGGUAAAUCAUCUCAUUUUAGUGGAGCCUUGGGGUUUCCCUGAGCGACCGGACCUUGCUGAUCAAGACAGACCAAUUCCAGUCUGGAUCAGAGCCCUGGGAGCAGUAUUGACUCCCUUUAACCCUUUAGCUGGCCUCAGGAUUGCAGGACCCUUUGGUUUAAGUCUAGUACAGCGUUUAAGGCCUGAUUUCAAACGGAAGUACUCUUCAAUGUUUGAAGAUGACACUGUGACAGAAUACAUCUACCACUGUAAUGUCCAGACUCCAAGUGGUGAGACAGCAUUCAGAAACAUGACUAUUCCUUAUGGAUGGGCAAAAAGGCCAAUGCUCCAGCGAAUCGGCAAAAUGGACCCUGACAUUCCAGUCUCGGUGAUCUACGGUGCCCGGUCCUGCAUAGACGGCAAUUCUGGCACCAGCAUCCAGUCCUUACGACCACAUUCAUACGUCAAGACAAUAGCCAUCCUUGGAGCAGGGCAUUAUGUGUAUGCAGAUCAACCUGACGAUUUCAACCACAAGGUGAAGGAGAUCUGUGACACUGUGGACUGAGCACCUGGGUGGUGGGGGAAGCCUGCUGACUGAUAUAGCUCCUCAGCAUCAGUCAGUCCACGGUGAAGAGUAAGGAACACAACAGAACCAGACAGUCUUCUUGACUGUACUUUGCACCUGUUUUCUCUGUGAAGCUGCUUGCACACUUAAACCAGUUAGUGCCUUCUAGAAGAAUGCCUUUCUUUCUCCCUCACAAAGCCAAAAUAUACAAGAGCCUCCGAAUCUAAUAGCUUUAAUAAAAGGUUGUUUGUCGCUCUGC